AUGUCGUCCAACAGAUUGACCUACAGACGCCGAAACCCAUACAACACUCGAUCCAACAAGGUCAGAGUUGUUAAGACUCCCGGCGGCGAGCUUCGUUACCUCCACAUCAAGAAGGCCGGUACUGCACCAAAGUGCGGUGACUGCGGAAUCAAGUUGCCAGGUAUCCCAGCUCUCCGACCCCGCGAAUACUCCCAGAUCUCCCGCCCAAAGAAGACCGUUCAACGUGCCUACGGAGGAUCAAGAUGUGCCAACUGCGUUAGAGAUCGCAUUGUCAGAGCUUUCUUGAUUGAGGAGCAGAAGAUUGUCAAGAAGGUUCUCAAGGAGUCUCAACAAAAGAAGCGUUAA